UCACACGCAUGCGUGCUAGUGAAAUAGGAGGAAGUUCGCUUCUGUAGUGGGCCUGCCGGUCGGGAAACUGCGCGUGCUCGCCAACUGGGAAGAAAAUGGCUGAUGGGGCCGGGGUUCCGGGUUUUCAGGUCCGUAGUCCAACUGAAGGCUGAAGUUUGUAAUGACGACCUGUUGACAUCGGCGGGUGGUGAAUGGUAAUUGCGAGGCUACCCCAGAUACUGCCUGAUGUUGUCUCCUCGUUAGUUUGAUAUUCGUGUAUCCUGGUGAAAAGUGAUGUUUCCAUUUAAAAUAAGAUUUCUGGAGGGAAAGAAUAUUUUGAAUACUUCAGUAUUUAUAAGUAAUGUCAAUUCAGUUGCCUUUAAAUACUUGUUUGUACUUUGUAAUCAGUUCAAAAAACCUUUGGGUUCAGCCAAGGACCUGGCAACUUUGCUACUUGUAUAGACCUAAGCUUUUCUUGCAGAUAAACUAUGUUAUCCCUCUUAGAGUUUUCUAUACAUAUAAACCACAUUGUCAGUGGAGUAGAGGCAAAACACUGUGGUAUAAGUGUCUCUACUGCCAUGACUUUUUGCACUUCAGCAUUUCAAAACUUAGCACUUCUAAACAAUUAGCAAACAAUCGUAUGUCACGAUUUAAGAACACUUUAGAAUCUGUUUCAAAAGCUGUGUCUGGAACUCAUAGUGAACUGGUUUCACGUUUAGCUCGUCUAAAACCACGUUCUGGUAUACUGAACAAAUCGACUGGAGAAAAUGGGCAGGGAAAUACUUUUCAUGCUACUGUAGAAAGUGACAGACAAACUAACAUCAGGUCUCAGGAAGAUUGUGAUGAUAGCUUAGAUAUAAAGAAGCCGUUUACAGCAAGUGGAGACCUAGAGUCAGGUGGUAUUCAUCAAGGUUCACUGAAAGAUCUUGCAGAUCUUAAAAGCAGCCUUUUUCACAUUAGCUACUUUGCUACAAACUUUGGAGAAACAUACAACUUUCUUGCUGGUCACAUCAAUUGGUAUUUUAGUACUAGUGUUAUGGAUAAAGAGAAAAAAGGGAACUUGUUCUCACCCAAAUCAGAGACUCAAGCUGGAAAAGCUCUUGAUUCACCAGGAGAAGAUAUAUUAAGUGAUGAAAAUAGACUGAAUGCAGCAUCGGCUUUAAUUCCUUCAGCUCAGUCUCCAGAUUCUGCAAAGACCAGCACCAGUCCUCCAACAUCCAGCAAAAAAAGUAUUGCAAAUCUUCUUUCUUACCCCAGUAACAGUGUACAAGCCUUUGUGGAUAGUUACAUAGGAGGACUUGUGCCCAAAUUGCGCUCUGAUACAAAAUCUGCUUUGCAAGAAAAAAUCAAUGUACAGGAACCUGAGGAAACUUUGAAAGAUGAUGAAGAGACCAAAAGUGCAGAAGAAAAAGAGAAGAGGCUGUCUCUUCAAAGGGAAAAGAUUAUUGCAAGGGUGAGUGUUGAUAACAGAACCCGGGCUUUAGCUCAAGCAUUACGAAGAACAUCUAACAGAAGAGUCUACAUUAACAGGGUUGAAGAAUUGACAUACCAUCUGUUGGAAUUUCCAGAAAGUAGAGGAGUAGCUAUUAAGGAAAAAAUCAUUCCCUGCUUGUUGCGUCUCAGGCAAGCAAAUGAUGAAGCUCUUGAAGCUGCUGUUAGGGAGGCAUUGGCAGUAAUUGGAUACACGGAUCCUGUGAAAGGUUGGGGCAUUCGUGUUCUCAGUAUUGAUGGUGGGGGAACAAGGGGUUUAGUAGCACUUCAGACUCUUCGUAAACUUGAGGAGCUUACUGGAAAGCCUGUUCAUCAUCUCUUUGACUAUAUUUGCGGAGUGAGUACAGGGGCUAUAUUAGCAUUUAUGUUGGGGAUAUUCCAUAUUCCACUGGAUGAGUGUGAAGAGCUUUAUCGCAAACUAGGAACUGAUGUGUUCAAGCAAAAUGUCAUUGUUGGGACUGUUAAAAUGGGCUGGAGCCAUGCAUUUUAUGAUAGUGAAAGCUGGGAGAAGAUGCUCAAAGACAGAAUGGGAUCAGAUGUUAUGAUUGAAACAGCCAGAAAUCCAAGGUGUCCCAAGGUGGCUGCAAUAAGCACUAUUGUAAACCGAGGAACACCACUGAAAGCCUUUGUAUUUAGAAAUUACAAUCACCUACCUGGAGUCAAGUCUCACUAUCUUGGAGGUUGUCAGUAUAAAUUAUGGCAAGCUAUCCGAGCAUCGUCUGCUGCACCGGGCUACUUUCAGGAGUAUGUUCUGGGCAACGACCUUCAUCAGGAUGGAGGGCUGCUCUUGAAUAAUCCUACAGCUUUAGCGGUACAUGAGUGCAAAUGUCUUUGGCCGAACAUGCCUCUGCAGUGUGUGAUAUCCUUGGGAACUGGCCGAUAUGAAAGUGAAGGGAAGACCAGUGUCACCUACACAAGUUUGAAAGCUAAACUGACUAAUGUCAUCAGCAGUGCCACUGAUACUGAAGAAGUCCACACUAUGCUGGAUGCUCUUUUACCUCCAGACACAUACUUCAGAUUUAACCCUCUGAUGAAUGAAGACAUACCUCUAGAUGAAAGCCGCAAAGAAAAACUUAAUCAGUUACAGACAGAUGGCAUUCGAUAUUUAGAACUGAAUGAAGAAAAGCUGAAGAAAGCUGCCAAAAUAUUAGCAGAGGAAAAAACAACUUUGCAGAGACUCAGUGACUGGAUCAGAUUGAAGGCUGACAUGUACGAAGGACUACCAUUCUUUUCCAAGUUAUAAAUAUGUAAAGCAUGACUAGUCAGCAGUAAAAAGCAUAUUUCAGUAGCCUGUACUGCACUAAAAGGGUUUGAAAUUUUAUUAGUGAUUCCUGUUGAAUAGCUGUUUAUAAAUUCAGAGGAGGGGAGUGCUUCGGUCAGUAAUGGCACAGGGCAAGCUUGUUGUCUUGGAUCUGACAGUUCUACAGCAUGAACAGAAAGCAUUUUUGUUCACAUGGCAUGGUGGGUUGACUGGUUCCCCCGUCUAUUCCCCCAACCCGAAGAUCUGCCCCUGAAAGCUUCCUGAUUUUUCCAGAUCCAGUUCCUUUUGGGGAGAUUUGCUGUGAUAACACAACCUUGCCUGCUCAGAAGAACAUUCUGCUCCCUCAAAUGGUAUUUUCUUUACACUUUUUUGAAAGAAAUUUUACUGGGUCAGUGUUUCAAACUUUGCAAUAGUACAAAUUAAAAUUCUAUACUGGAAUCAUUUGGAUUUUUAUCUGUUAUUUGUUAUGGUCUAUUUAAAUUUGUGAUAAUAAUGUUCUAUUCAGACUAAUUUGUUAUAUUCAGAAAAUAUAUUCCAAAAUCAUGUUGACACACACAUAACAUAUUUUCCAUUUGAAGUUUGAGUAUGUCAAACUGGACAGCCCGGUCUGCACACAAGCAAGAAUAAGUAAAACCAGUUUAACCCACAAAAACUAGUAAAACAAAACUGUAUUAAAUGUAUGGAUUUCUCAGUUUUAACUGGGUUGCACAUUAAAUUGCAAUUAUUGUAAAUUUGCAAAAUGCUUUUGUGGUCAUGGCACUGCCAACAAAUGUCAUCCCGCCUUUUUAAUGGAGAUGUAUACUGCCUUCUGGCAAAAUCUGUGCAUGUAGACCAAUUUUUACUUGUUAAAAUAAUGUUAAAAUGUGUAUCAUGUUCAUGUGUUUGCUUUAUGGAAUUCAAAAUUUAGCUGAUUACACUGAUGUUAAAUUGGCUAACCUGUAUCCACCUGUAUUUUCUUAGAAACUGAAAGACUUUUUAUUGGCUCUGUUGCAAGGCAAUUUCCUAUUUCAGUGUAGCUCUGAAACAUUCUGUAAACUCCUGUAUGUCUCACAAAGAAGAAAAUAAAUUCUUAAAAUGA